CUGUCAAAAGAAACCAAGUUCCCUUCACAGAUUACCUUAAUGUAAUUGAAGAAGUUAAGUUUAGAGCGUCUAAUAUUUUUAAUGGAAAUAAAAUUCACAAAAAAGAUUCAAUGAAAUAUAUCAAGAAUCUUUUAAAGAAUGAUUUUUAUUAUAAAAUAACAGAAGUUGAAAUUCAAAAGACUUUCAAGGAAUUUUUGAAUUCUAAAGGAGAAGAACCCAACCAAAUUUUGUGUGAAACAUGUGAAAAUGACAAUUACGAAUCUUGUAGUCACAAACACAAAGAAAUAAAUUUUCUAGAAGUAGUCGGAUUUUUUCAAUUUUCAAAAAAAUAUUGUGAUCGUGAUCAUGAUCAUUAUUUUAUAGUUAGUAAUUUCAUUCAAAAUAAAUGGGUUUCUAGAAUAUUAGAAGAAUAUCAUAUAUUACAAAACAUUAUGACAAAGUGA